CAAACGGACGACAGUGUUGAAGGCAUCGGUCUAGUCUGGUCACCGAAGUCCUAUUACCUUUCACGCAGACACGGAUGUUCCUUGCUGCUAGGCUAUGAAAAGAAAACCGAAUCAAUGCGUUACUCGUGCGCGCCGGUAGUUGUCUUUUUUCGUUCCACCAUUAAACAUUUCCACGAAUACAUCGGACCAAGACUGAAAUUUUUACCGGCUGUGAACUCUUUUGAUGUGCUGAAGUAUGAGCUUCUGAAGAAUGAGCUGAGGCUAGACGGACACCAUGAGGCUGAGUAACGUUAACAGUGCAAUCACCCUUGCCCUAGUCUGGCCAACGUACCUGCUACUGCUAGCCGUCCCAUCAACCAGUUUCCAAUCAGUACGUCUCGCAGGUAGUCCAGUCAAUGUGACGGGCGUGAACGAGGGGCGCGUUGAGAUUUUUCAUGAGGGAGAGUGGAAGGAUGUAUGCCACCGAAGAUGGGACCACCAAGAUGCAGAAGUGGUCUGCAGACAGAUAGGCUUCUCCAGUGCCACCUUUGCGAUGGUGGAGUCGUACUAUGGGAGUGGUCGGAACAAUGGAUCAGUGCAGAAUUUUGACUGCGAAGGAGACGAGCAGUACCUUGAGCAGUGCUCCUUCAAGACGGCCAGCAAGACUUGCCGGGACGGGGAGACAGCUGGAGUCAGCUGCUUCCUGCCAGGCUAUCUCGGUUGCUUUCUUGAUCGGACAGUAGGCAGCGUCCUGAAUGGUGACUAUUUCUCCAGCGACGACAUGACAGUGCGCAAGUGCCUGCAGUUCUGCUACAACAAGAAGUUGAGAUACGCUGGCCUGCGGCAGAACACGGAGUGCUACUGCGGGACCAACGGAACUGCCUACGACGCCUGGGGGUCGCUCAGCAACACCAACUGUAUGCUGCACUGCGCUGGCAACCAUGCUGAAGCCUGUGGCGGACAGACAACGUGGUUCUGGACCACCUCAGUAUAUGACGUGGACCUGGCCCGCUGUCCCAAGCCCGACGAGCCCUCCUUCGGCUUCGUGAAGGAGACGGGUGCCUUCUGGUACGGCAGCACGGCCACCUUUGACUGCUACACAGGCUUCGAGGUGGAGGAGGCGCACACGCUCAGCUGCGUCCUGGGGGACGAGGUUGACGAACUUGUGUGGCGCGGGGAGCCGACGACGUGUACAGAAAUACCUGAACCCACAAGCCGUAACAAGGAGGAAGAACGGAACCGCAUAUUCAUGCAGGCUAAGCUCCUGAAAGGAACAAAGGGAUCAGUCGUCAAAUUGAAAGAUAAGUCAUCAACAAGACUUAUCAUUGGGGCUUUGAUCGGAUUCAUCAUCUGCGUAGUUAUCGCCAUCUCUGUCUUCAUAGUGUGCCGAAAAGAAAGAAAAGAAAAACGGUCUCCAAAGAUAAGGAAACAGGAAGAAGGUAACGGCAGAACGACCGGUUAUCAAUUAGCCCACGGAGUGUCAGCAUCCACCAGCGACUCCAAAAUAUGACCCAUCAGGUAUCUCACCUGGCUUUUCAAGAAAGGAUUUUUUUUAUGUACAGCUGAGUAAGAUUUGUUUCCGAAAUGCAAUGUUGUAGUAGAGACCACUCAAAGACCAGUCACAGGGCCAGACCCAAGAUGAUUUACAGUUGUAGGGUGAACAGCGACAAAGGAAUGCUUUUGUUGCAGUUUAUUUGAAUAGGUUGUGACUUGAAUUCAGACUUGGAGGUCUUGUGUCGGUCCCGCGAUGGUCUUGGGGCUCUCGGCUGCGAUUCUGCCAGAAUGGCAAACAUGUUUCAAAAUUGAGUAACAAAAGAGACUUAUUUUGUUUUAAGUCCAAAAACAGAUUUUAUUUAGCUGAAUGCUAUUUGGCUCAGAAUUGUAGAAUGUCUAUUUAAGAAAACAGAGAUUUUCACCUGCUUUAGAAAAAUAGUUUUGGAUGUAGCUGAGUAUAGUUGGGUCUAGAAAUGCACAGUUUUUCUUAAAGCAAGUCACUGAGGGUUCUUCAGAUUUUAAGUGAUGAAAAUGUUAAUUAUGUGGGAUGUGUUCCAUCUUCAUUUAUGACUCCCUAUUCCCAAACCAGGCUGAAGUAGGUAAAUUCCUAUGUUUGACUGUUUCUCUUUGUCACUGUUUAUUUUCAAAUUGAUCCAUCAUAAAAAUUUUGUCUGCAGAAAGUUUUGAAAGUAGCAAUGAAAGUUGUGGAAAUUACAUUGUUUGCGUGACGUUAGUAACGUUUUCCCAGAUAACGGCUUGCAAUUCUUCAGGAUGGUUUUGGAAUAGGGGGUUCACGUUUAUAAAAAGAGGUGAAAUGUAAAGAACGAUCUUGCCACAAUCAGAUCUGAUUUGCGUACCUUUGUGCAGCAUGAGUUAAAAAAAUGUCAGCACGGCUCCCCAGAUUCAAGAACUACUUAAGGGAAUAGAAUUUUUUUGGGGGGGGUUCUUUAUUUGAAUUUGAGAAAAACUUUUCACGAGUGUUGCUGACUUGUUCAGAUUUUAUGGUGAAGAUUGUACUUUUGUGAAAACUGAGCAGCAGCAAAUUAGACUUAAGGGUCAGUUUAUACAUUGUGAAUUUGUGGUUUCAAUGAUACACGGAGAUUUGCCAGGGUUGAAACUAGGGUUUCAUCUGGGAUUGCAACGUCCGCCUGUCCAUUCCUGCCCAAGCUUAAAACUGCCUGUACUCUCUCUGGAAAACUGUUCGAAACUGACACCCCGUGGUGGAAUCUGAGGCCCCGUUUCCACUACGCCAAGUAUUUCUGAAGGAAAUUUGAAGACUCACUCACCAAGUGUAUUAGAAAGAAAUGGGGCUUGAAAAUUUUGAACAAGCAAAAACCACCUGUCCCCAGGCAGGGGUACAGGUGGCUAGAUGAGACCCUGGUUGAAGUGUGGUUUUGAUUUUUUUGUGACUUUCUGAUGUGGCUAUUAGUUGUAGCAUGACAAAUCUGUGUUUAUGCUCUCAUCCAUGAUUGGUUUCAUUGCUAGGUGUGAACUGGCCCAGUGUGUAUUGCUGUGUACAUGUACGUGCAAGGCCCGUGGGCAUGUAACCUAAUGCCAAUAGGUGUGUAGGCCAGGGACUUAUUCACCUGUCUAUUGCCUAGGACCUAUGGGCUGUUGACCUAUUGGCUCAGGACCUAUGGGCUGUUAGCCUGUUGGGUUAAGACCUAUGGUCUGUUGGCCUGUUAGCUUAGGACCUACAGGCUGUUGGGCUAUUGGCCUAGGACCUAUGGGCUGUUAGCCUGUUGGCUUAAGACCUAUGGUCUGUUGGCCUGUUAGCUUAGGACCUACAGGCUGUUGGGCUAUUGGCCUAGGACCUAUGGGCUGCUGAUGUUUAUACCUAUGGCCUACCGGUAGGUUAAGAUAGGGCAUUUCAAGUGAUUGCUUCAAACGUCUGACUAUGCAAGACAUCUGAGGUUUGCAGUUGAGAUUGGCAAAAUAUACAGAACUUUGAGGUCUUGGAGAAAUGUAAUGUAACAAUCGGCGAGGCAGGGUUCUUAUUCUAAAAUUUCGCUGAGCAGCUGCUGUUAAUCUCCCAUCACACUAACCAUAACGCCUCAUGCCAAAGCCACCGUGUGUGGUGAAAAGGAAGCCAGUUCAGUUCAAUUUCUUAAGCCGUUUUGGCUCACCCCCUUUUCCAAAUGGACGAACCAAAAUUGAACAAAUGCAAACAAUGCCUUUACAGUCCAAUAGCUAAAAAAGGAUAAAAAAGUCAGGAGGUCAGUUGUUUUCUGGGCUUGAUAACCUUUUGGAUUCAUAGGAUUUUGGAUCUGAGUUUCUUAUACGUUCUGUCAGUCAUUUUUUUCAUUUCCCCAUUGUUUUUGCCAUUCCUGGUCCCCAAGUGGCCGUGGACAUAAAAACCCAAACAAAUGGCAAAUCCUAUCUGCAAAGGAAGGGCAUGAAAGAAAAAAAAACUUCACAAUUUGACACGAGGGCUUGGUCGGAGAUUUGACAAGGUUUGAUUUCUUGUGCAGAUGAAAGGGCAUACAUGUAGCGGCAUUUUUUUUUGGAUUAAGAAUUUUGUUACUUGUUUAGCCAGGAAGUAGUUGGUUUUAUUUUAAAUAGUGCAGACCUCACAUGAAUGGUGUUAUUCCGGGUCAUUCCUAGCCUCAGAAGUCAAAUGUCUUUUCAGUCAGUUCUUUACUUGAUUUCAUAGGACAGUCUCUAAUGUUGAACAUACACAUGUUUUGGAUUUUAGGCUCUGGAUCCAAAUUUUGGCAGUUAAGCAGACCACCAUGUUUUGCAAGUUUGUGUUUUCAAGCAAAAUUUUGCAGAGAACCAGUCCGCAAGUAAUACGUAAAACAUAGAUUAUUGGCUUGCAAGCAGUUUGCUCAGCAAAGAUUUUCUGCAUGUAACAAAUUUUUCUGAGCUUUGCAGACCUUUGAAAUUUGGCCCCUGGAUGUUAUAUAUGUUAGCACCGAGUUGAGUUUCACACCGGAACUGGUUAGCAGGAAUUUCCUAAGCCAAAAAAAUUUGCUAAGCAAUAGCUGUCACCAGCUGAAAUCAUUGUGUCCAAUGUGCAUGCCUUCUGACUGGCCCCUUGGCCGAUUCUCGCUCAGCACAGACAUUCUUCUAAGCAAAUUUGUCUACUUAACCGUUUUUGGCAUUUGACCCUGCAUUACUGUUCCUAGUCCUGUGGGGACGGUGCCCAGUAAUCAUUGAGGAAUUGUGCCAGCAGUUUUGAGACUAACCAUGCAUUUUAAAUAGUGAUAAGCCCAGUGCAGAGGUCAGUGGAGUGGCGUGGGGUGGGUUGUUUGUUGCCCAGGUGGGUAACUUUGACAGUAUUUCCAUAAUUGAAAUUUUGAAAGUCCUGCCAUUAAUUGUGAUGUGAUUUUGGACCAGAAAGAGGUGUAAUCAUUUCAAUGUUCUCGAAAAUAUGAAACACAAACUGAUAUAAUUUUUACCUGAAAUUAAAUUUAUAUGUGUGAUGAAGGUACUCAAUCAUCAGUAUGUAAACUGCAUGCCAAUAAUUAAGCCUCAUGAAUAUUUAUGGCUAUGUCAUGAAUGCCAAGUUAUACAAAGAUAUUUAUGAUUUCUAAGAUAUUCAUACGCAGAUAGGUAAACUAUGUUGUACACGUAAAGGGGAUAUUUUAACCUUUGAGACAAGAUUCUGAAGUAAUGGAAGAAAUUUUUCUUGCCCAUUCUAGCAAUAUAGAGCCAGAAAAGUAAGGAAUAGGUUAGAUAAAUCAGUAGAUUGUGGGUACAAUUUGCCAAUCUGGCACGGUUAUAAAUUCAUGAUCAAGUUUAAUCAUUCCUGCACAUAACUUUGUAAAAACACAGUACAUUUAAGUAAACAGUAGAUGCAAAUGAAUAUUUGCCUUAAAAAGCUCGCCCUGCUCCCUCUCAGCGUGUAUUCGAGACCCUGUUCUCGUGUUAGACGAACACGAGAACAGGGUUCCGAACUGGGAUAAUCAACACGCGAACAUUGUUCGCGAACAAGAUUCUCACUCCCAACUUUCUGGGAAGUGGAUGAAGAACACCAAGAACAAAGAUGGCGGGUACAGGCACAUACCAUUACUUAAUUUUGGUUUUGUUACAAGUGUGUUAUGUAGCAACUGAAGGGUCUCGUAUAUUGUACCGAUUUAAAAAAAAAAAUCCAUUCUCUGCCAUAUACACGAGUCUUUCCGAAUAACACUACUUGCAAGACAGUUUUUCCGUUAGGGUAUCACAGUUAAUUUCAUUGCAAAAUCAUCCCGCUUCACGAAUUCAACCUUUGACCACUUCCAGCGAAAGACUGAUUAUGUUUUAUGAAGAAUAUUGUAAGCAAGUUAAUAUUAGCAGAGGUUGAGGGCAGUAUAGGUUCCGCUGUAUACUGUCUUUAAAAGUGCUUUCAUACUGAUUUUCAAUGCAAGGCGUAACUCAUUUGUGUAUAGACUUCGGUGAUUUUUGUGUCAGCAUGAAGUGUGGUUGUGUACGUAUUGUUUUUGAUAUUUUGUAAUUUGGUAAUCACAUUUUACGGUUAUCCUGACCUGCCGUUCCUAAACCAGGCUAACGUUUUGAUGUUUGAUAAUAAGUCCUCUCCACUUCUUGAUAUUCAUCUUAAAAGAUUUUUUUUCGAGAGUGAUCCAUUGUUUAAAAAAAAGUGUCUUCAGAAGGUUUGUGUUUUAACACGGACAAAGAAUUUUUGGGAAGUCAUGUGUACACGUAUGUUGGUAUUAGUUUUCAGAUAGUGGCCACAACUUCUUCGGUCUGGUUUGGCAUACUGAAAUGAAAUGAAACAAAAAUUGGUAAAGAUAUCAAAACUGGCUGGUUUUCGAAGCUGACAAACUGUUGCAUGGGGUGUCAGUGUUGUACACUCUAAAACCCCCCGGGUCAAAUUGACCCAGAAUUAGGUUCCAAUCGGCAUGACCCUUUUCUGGGUCAGAAUGUGACCCCCUUUCGGGUCAUAUUUGACCUUUUAGGGGUCAUAUUUGACCGUUUCUGGGUCAUGCCGAAUGGGACCCGAUUCUGGGUUAAUCCGACCCGGGAGAUUUUAGAGCGUAGUGGACUCGCACUGUCCAGACCAUUUUGAAAAAUAAAGAUUAACUGAUGUUGACUGCAUUUUUAGAAUCCUUCCAAGCACGUCCGUGUCUUUUGAAACUCUGGAGUUCUAAGCUUGAUUGCAAAAGUGUAUCAAUCGGUACUUCCAUUGGAUCAGUAUAUUUUUUUAAAGUCGGGGCCGCUUGAUUUGAUUAUUAGGACCAUUGUGUAUUGGAGGGGGUUAUGAAGGUACAGAGAAAAUCUUUACAGAAAAUAGAAUACUUUCGUUUAGUUUUGUUUUUAGAGACUUUAUCAAUUUUGAGGUAAUUUUUUGUGAUUUAUUAACUUAGUUAUAUUCAUGAUCUGUACAGAUGCAGAUGAUUUGUCACCAUGUUUGACAUGGUAAGAAUAAAAAUGUGUGUCGGAAGCGAAUGAAGAGUA